AAUAAAUAUCAAGGGUGAAACCGAAGAAGAUGAUGGUGUAGGUGUAAGUGUAGGUGUAGGUGUAGGUGUAGGCAGGCCCAAGAUGAUGGUCGGCGGUGGGGGGAUGUUGAAGCGACCAAAGCAGAUCUGUUUUUUCUUCUUUUCAAACAUCAUCCGCCAUUACAAUCCACCAACCUCUGUUUCCCCUUUCCCCUAAAACUCAACCUCCAUCUCCCCCCGUCAUGGAUCAAUCCUUCUUACUCAUGCUCUCAACCCUUCUCCAUCUCCACAAUUACCUUGAUCCCACCAUUUCCCUCCUACCCUCCACUCCCUCCUCCGCCUCUUCCCCUUCCUCCGCCUCCCUCAACUCUCCCACCUCCCUUCUCUCCUCCUCCUCCGCCGCCCCUCUUCUUUUUUUCACCAUCGCUUCCGUCCUCUCCUUCAUCGCUUCCUCUCGCCCCAACCCCACUUCCCCCACUUCCCCCACUCCCACUCCCACUCCCCCACCUCCCUCCUCCUCCGACUACUCCGUCUCCGCCUUCCGCGCCUUCUCCACCGACCACAUUUGGUCCCUCGAAGCCCCUCUUCGCGAUGCCCAAUGGCGCUCCCUCUACGGUCUCUCCCACCCUGUCUUCACCACCAUCGUCGACAAGCUCAAACCCCAUAUUGCCCUCUCCAAUCUCUCUCUCCCUUCGGAUUACGCCGUUGCUAUGGUCCUCUCUCGCCUCUGCCAUGGCUUCUCCGCUAAAACCCUAGCUUCCCGUUUCUCUCUCGAACCCUAUCUCGUUUCCAAAAUCACCAAUAUGGUCACCCGCCUUCUAGCUACCAAGCUUUAUGCUGAGUUUAUCAAGAUACCCGUUAGUCGCCGCCGUUUGAUUGAGACCACUCAGGCUUUUGAAGAGUUGACUUCUCUCCCCAAUAUGUGUGGCGCCAUAGAUGGCAGUCCGAUCAAGCUUCGUCGACUCCCUGCUGAUCAGAAUUUUUCUACUAAUUACAAUUGUCGAUUUGGGUAUCCUUCUGUUUUACUUCAGGUUGUUGCUGACAACAAGAAGAUUUUCUGGGAUGUUUGUGUUAAAGCUCCUGGUGGCAGUGAUGAUGCCAGCCAUUUUAGGGAUAGUUUGAUGUAUCAUAGGCUUACUUCUGGGGAUGUUGUUUGGGAUAAUGUUAUCAAUGUCAGAGGUCACCAUGUUCGGCCUUACAUUGUUGGUGAUUGGGGCUAUCCUCUGUUGUCUUUUUUGCUCACUCCUUUCUCGCCGAACGGCAUGGGCACGCCUGCACAGAACUUGUUUGAUGGAAUGCUGAUGAAGGGUCGUUCUGUUGUAGUUGAUGCAAUUGGCUUGCUUAAGGCUAGGUGGAAGAUUCUUCAGGAUUUAAAUGUGGGUUUAAGUCAUGCACCACAAACCAUUGUUGCUUGUUGUGUGUUGCAUAAUUUGUGUCAAAUUGCUAAGGAGCCAGAACCUGAACCAUUGAGGGACCCAGAUGAGACUGGCCCUGCCCCUAACAUUCUUGAUAGUGAAAAAUCUCUGUGUUAUUAUGGUGAAAGUGUGAGGCAGGCUUUGGCUGAUGAUUUGCAUCAUAGGCUUCCAUCAAGAUAGCUAGUUUUUUCUUGGAAGGGAAGAUGAGUUUCCGCCCUCUUUCACUCAUAUGUAAGAAUGUAGUCUUUCUUGUAGCUCUCUCUUUAUUGCCUUGCUUUGUGGUUUUGUUUCUGUUUUGUUGACUCUUUAUGCCUAACCACUGAAGUUGAUGCAUACCCACAAGCUGGCUGAUGAGUAUAUCAACAAUCAACUGAUUGAAUUGCAUACUUUGAAAAUAUCUUCUAGAAAAUCAAAAUGUUGAUUGUGUCAUUUCUGAGAAAGCUGUUAUGAUCUGAACUCAACAUGGAGAUGAAAUUCUAGUUCGAACUACUAUUGUAGAUUAGAUAUAUUGAUCCAAAAAGAAAUAUGGUUGUCUGAGAAGAUCUAUAUGAAAUGAUAAGGAACUGCAGGAUUGGAGUAAGCUGCCAUUGACAGAUGAAUUGAGAUAUAUUAGCCGGGGACACAGGGAUACCUUUGUUCAGUAAUCCUGUUUGCUUUUAUGAUCUCCUUAACAUGGUAAGGUGGUAUCGAUCUGAGUUCAAUGAUCGUUGUAUGAACUGUUGAUUAUGGCCUAGUGUUUGUAGAAGGGUUAGAGAUCAAAUGUACUCAUAUUUUAAUUGAAGCAUUUGAGGAAGAUUGAUCAAUUAGAAUUUUCAAGUUAGUUUUUGGGGAUAAUACAUCUUGGCUACCUUGCAACUUUCA